GUGUGUGUGUGUAUAAAGAGACGUCGAAUACUUACACUCAGAUACUCGAGCAUCAGUAUAAGCAAACUCGCAUCUCAAGCCAACAGCCAUCUACAUUCUACACAAACACCACAUCCACCCUCCCAAACCAUCACAACAACCACCACAAUGUCCCUCAAAUCCACCAUCCUCAGCCUCCUCCCCACCGCCCUCCUCCUCACCAGCAGCACAACCGCCGCCCCUCUCGCCCCACGCGCCGGCUGCCCAGGCGCAACAACAUCCUUCUCCUUCGACGUCAAAAACUUCGACUACCACGACGGCACCACCUUCUCCACCCCCGCGCACCAAAUCCCGGGUGGCUUCGUCGCCUUCAACCUGACCUCCGCCGCGGACGUGGUUCCACGCCAAUGCAACGCCUACUCCACCCAGCUAUCCGACUUCUACUACGGCACGCUGAACUACACGUGCACGACCACGACCGCGGACGGGGAGGUGGUGCAGACGGGCAGUCUGUUCACGUAUGACACGCCGGGGGAGACGCUGGUGCUUGUGGAGCCGUUUGAGUGUGAUGGGCAGAAGUACGUGGCCAAGGGGACGUAUACGUUUGAGCCGCCGUUGCAGUGUGUGACGGAGGAGUAUCAGAAUGAUGAUUGGCAGCAGGGGGAGAUUUAUAGCUCGCGGAAGAGGACGUGUGAGGAGAGGGACUUUGCGUUCUUCGCGGAGGUGGAGAAGGUUGAGUAGGGUUGACUAAGGGGAGAGUGAAAGGGAGGAGAAAGGGGGCAAUGAGGCAGUUUGCAUGAUGAUGUUGAUUGUUGUUGUUUAUUUUGAUUGC